GUUCUAGUUGCCAUUAACCCUUAUGAGCAGUUGCCAAUCUAUGGACAAGAUGUUAUCUAUGCAUACAGUGGCCAAAACAUGGGGGACAUGGAUCCUCAUAUCUUUGCAGUUGCUGAAGAAGCCUAUAAACAAAUGGCCAGGGAUGAGAAGAACCAGUCCAUCAUCGUUAGCGGGGAAUCUGGUGCCGGCAAAACAGUCUCUGCCAAAUAUGCCAUGCGCUUCUUCGCAUCAGUUGGAGGUUCCUCCAGUGAAACCAAUAUUGAAGAGAAGGUCUUGGCUUCCAGCCCUAUCAUGGAGGCCAUCGGCAACGCAAAAACAACCCGAAAUGACAAUAGCAGCCGCUUUGGGAAGUACAUUCAGAUCGGCUUUGAUAAAAGAUACCGCAUCAUCGGUGCCAAUAUGAGGACAUACCUGCUUGAAAAAUCAAGAGUUGUGUUUCAGGCAGAUGACGAGCGAAACUACCACAUCUUCUAUCAGCUGUGUGCCUCUGUUGGUCUUCCAGAAUUUAAAGAUCUCUCGCUAACAUCUGCGGAAGACUUUUAUUACACAUCUCUGGGAGGAGAAACGUCGAUUGAUGGAGUAGAUGAUGCAGAAGAUUUUGAGAGAACCAGGAAUGCUUUUACUUUGCUUGGAGUGAAGGAGUCCCAUCAAAUGACGAUUUUUAAGAUACUUGCCGGCAUCCUCCACCUUGGAAAUGUGGACCUUCAAUCGGAACGUGAUGGAGAGUCCUGCAGUAUAUCAAAACAGGAUGAACACCUGCAUAAUUUUUGCAGAUUGCUGGGCGUGGAGCACAGCCAAAUGGAGCACUGGCUUUGCCAUCGGAAGCUGGUCACCACUUCAGAGACCUACAUCAAGAACAUGUCUGUCCAGCAGGUCGUGAAUGCCAGGAAUGCGCUGGCUAAGCACAUUUAUGCCCAGCUGUUCAACUGGAUCGUACAGCAUAUCAACAAGGCCCUGCACACUACCGUCAAACAACAUUCAUUUAUUGGGGUCCUGGACAUUUACGGGUUUGAAACCUUUGAAGUGAACAGCUUCGAACAAUUCUGCAUCAACUACGCCAAUGAAAAGUUGCAACAGCAGUUCAACUCGCAUGUAUUCAAAUUGGAGCAAGAAGAAUACAUGAAGGAGCAAAUUCCUUGGACACUCAUAGAUUUUUAUGAUAACCAGCCAUGCAUAGACCUUAUAGAAGCCAAGCUGGGUAUUUUGGACUUGCUGGAUGAAGAAUGUAAGGUCCCAAAGGGAACGGAUCAGAACUGGGCUCAGAAACUGUACGACCGUCAUGGCAGCAGCCAGCACUUUCAGAAACCUCGAAUGUCCAACACCUCUUUCAUUGUUGUGCAUUUUGCAGAUAAGGUGGAAUACCAGUGUGAUGGAUUUCUAGAGAAGAACAGAGAUACUGUGCACGAAGAACAGAUCAAUAUACUGAAGGCCAGCAAGUAUCCGAUGGUGGCUGAUUUGUUCCACGAUGAGAAAGACCCUCCACCGGCUGCUCCAGCUGGAAAGGGAACUUCCUCAAAAAUCAAUAUCCGCUCUGCCCGUCCAGCUGUGAAACCAGCCAAUAAAGAGCAUAAGAAAACAGUGGGACAUCAGUUCCGUAACUCCUUACAUUUGCUUAUGGAGACUCUGAAUGCCACCACUCCCCAUUACGUGCGCUGCAUCAAGCCAAAUGAUGAGAAACUUCCCUUCAGCUUUGAUCCAAAGAGAGCAGUCCAGCAGCUGAGAGCAUGUGGCGUGUUGGAGACCAUCCGUAUCAGCGCAGCUGGCUAUCCGUCCAGGUGGACCUACCAUGACUUCCUGAAUAGGUAUCGAGUUCUGAUGAAAAAAAGAGAUAUCUCGAGAAAGGAAGACAAGAAGCUCGUGUGUAAAGCACUGUUAGAAAGCCUGGUUAAGGAUCCUGACAAGUUCCAGUUUGGCCGUACAAAAAUCUUUUUCCGCGCUGGUCAGGUGGCAUACUUGGAGAAAUUGCGGGCAGAUAAGUUCCGUGCUGCUACUAUCAUGAUCCAGAAGACGGUACGAGGUUGGUUGCAAAGACUCAAGUACAGGAGGAUGAGAGAAGCAGCAAUAACAGUCCAGCGGUACACGAGAGGAUACCUGGCACGCAGAUUGGCUGAUCGACUCAGGAAGACAAGAGCAGCCAUUAUUUUCCAGAAACAAUAUCGAAUGUUGAGGAUCCGCCGCGCUUACCAAACAAUCCGUAGAGCUGCUGUCACGAUCCAGGCCUUCACCCGGGGGAUGUUUGUCAGGAAGACUUAUCAAAAGAUGCUUAUGGAGCACAAAGCCACUGUCAUCCAGAAGUAUGCCCGGGCUUGGCUGGCAAGGAAACAUUUUGUCAAAUUCCGAAGUGCUGCCGUGGUGGUGCAGUGCUACUUUAGGCGCAUGAAGGCUAAGCAGGAGCUGAAGGCCCUGAAGAUCGAAGCCCGGUCAGCAGAGCACUUGAAGAGACUCAAUAUUGGCAUGGAGAACAAGGUGGUCCAGCUGCAGAGGAAGAUAGACGAACAGAACAAAGAAUACAAGCUCCUGAACGAGCAGUUCUCCGCAACCACCUCUGCUCAUGCAACGGAGAUGGAGAAACUGAAGAAAGAACUGCAACAGUACCAGCAGAAGAAAGGGGACAGCAACCAGAUUGCAAGUUUGCAAGAAGAGAUGGACUCUCUCCGGCUGGCCCUGGAAAAGGCUCAUGGGGAAAGAAAGAUUGUAGAAGACACCUACACAAAAGAGAAGGAUAUGCUCCAAAAGCGGAUAUCAGACUUGGAAGAAGAGAAUGUGCUGCUGAAACAGGAAAAAGAGGAGCUUAAUAACAAAAUCCUGGGUCGGUCACAAGAUGAAUUUGCACAAAAUGCAAGUGAGGAAAAUCUCCUGAUGAAGAAGGAGCUAGACGAAGAGCGUGCUCGUUAUCAGAACCUUGUGAAGGAGUAUUCGAGGCUAGAACAGAGAUAUGACAAUCUGAGGGAUGAGAUGACUAUCAUAAAGCAAACCCCAGGACACAGAAGAAACCCAUCUAACCAGAGCAGCCUAGAAUCUGAUUCCAAUUAUCCAUCUAUUUCUACGUCAGAGGUUGGAGAUACAGAAGAUGCAAUACAGCAGGUGGAGGAAGUUGGCUUAGAGAAAGCAGCCAUGGACAUGACACUCUUCCUAAAGCUUCAAAAGAGAGUCCGGGAACUGGAACAGGAGAGAAAGAAACUGCAGAGUCAGCUGGAGAAAAAAGAAAAUGAAAGCAAAAAAUCUCAGGUAAUUGAAAUGAAGAACGAAAUGGAUUUGGACCGCGAUACAGAUCUCGCGUACAACAGUCUGAAGGAGUCGAGCAUCAACAUGCAAACCAGCUGGCCCAACAGUGACAAGCAUGUGGAUCCAGAAGAUGCAAUAGAGGCUUAUCAUGGAGUAUGUGAGACAAAUCGGCUCCUUGAAGCCCAGCUCCAGGAACAGAGGAGAGAAUAUGAAGAGGAAGCAGAAGCACUGAAGGACCAAAUAGAGGCUUUGAGAGGAGAGAUGGAGAAGCAGCAGGAAGCCUUUUUCCAGACCCUCCAGCUGUCCCCAGAAGCCCAAGUAGAAUUUGGCAUUCAGCAAGAAAUCACACGGCUGACCAAUGAAAACCUGGAUCUCAAGGAGCUGCUAGAAAAACUAGAAAAGAAUGAAAGGAAACUGAAAAAACAGCUCAGGAUUUACAUGAAGAAAGUGCAAGAAUAUGAAGCUGAUCAAGCCAUGGAACAAACGGAAAAGCGGCGUCAUGAGCUCACAAGACAGGUGACUGUCCAAAGGAAGGAGAAAGACUUUCAGGGAAUGUUGGAAUAUUCCGAAGAAGAUGAAGCACUACUUAUAAAAAAUCUCAUUACAGAUCUGAAGCCUCAAACGGUCUCUGCCACAGUGCCCUGCCUUCCUGCUUACAUCCUCUACAUGUGCAUCAGAUACGCGGAUUACAUUAAUGAUGACCACAAAGUGCACUCCUUGCUUACCUCCACCAUUAAUGGCAUUAAAAAAGUAUUAAAGAAACAUAACGAUGACUUUGAGAUGACAUCAUUUUGGUUGGCUAACACCUGUCGCCUUCUACAUUGUCUGAAGCAAUACAGUGGAGAUACGGGUUUUAUGACACAAAACACUCCUAAGCAGAAUGAACAUUGUCUGAAGAACUUUGAUCUCACUGAGUAUCGCCAAGUCCUAAGUGAUCUUUCUAUUCAGAUCUACCAGCAGCUCAUUAAAAUUGCAGAAGGCACCUUACAACCCAUGAUAGUGACUGCGGUGUUGGAAAAUGAAAGCAUCCAGGGCCUGUCAGGCGUGAAACCAAUGGGUUACCGCAAGCGAAGCUCCAGCAUGGGGGACAGUGACAACUCAUACACUCUGGAGGCAAUCAUCCAUCAGUUGAAUACCUUUCAUAGUGUCAUGUACGAUCAGGGCCUUGACCCCGAGAUCAUCCAGCAGGCCAUUAAGCAACUCUUCUACAUGAUUACUGCCGUGGCCCUGAAUAACCUGCUGCUAAGGAAGGAUGUCUGUUCUUGGAGCACUGGAGUCCAACUGAGGUUUAACAUCAGUCAGCUGGAGGAAUGGUUGCGGGGCAAGAAUCUGCAUCAAAGUGGGGCUGUGGAGACUCUGGAGCCUCUGAUUCAAGCAGCACAGCUCCUACAGCUGAAGAAGAAAACAUCAGAAGAUGCUGAGGCAAUCUGCUCUUUGUGCACAUCGCUCACAACGCAGCAGAUUGUAAAAAUACUCAAUCUCUACACUCCCGUGAAUGAGUUUGAAGAGCGAGUGACAGUAGCCUUCAUAAGAAAUAUUCAGACCCAGUUGCAAGACCGGAAUGAUCCCCCACAGCUGCUGCUAGACUUCAAGUUCAUGUUCCCUGUUUUAUUUCCAUUCAGUCCUUCCUCUUUAACCAUGGACUCUAUUCACAUUCCUGCUUCUCUUGACCUGGAAUUCCUCAACAAAGUCUGAAAUUAUUAACUUGACUUGUAGCCAAAUUCCCAAAAGUUCAAGGGGAAAACAAAAAACACAUACAAAGAAGAACUGAAGGAUCUCUUCAAAUGUGGACCAAAUGAACAGUUAAAAGAACCAAUACACAUUAGUCAGUCAAUCAGUCAGUGCUAAAUUGUACAGCAUAAGAAUCUAAUCUAAUAUUUUGGUUGAAUUCUUAUAUUUUGGUGGGGUUUUGUUUAUUUGUGGGGUUUUUUUUGUUGUUUUUGAGGGAAACAGAUCUUUCAGCUAAAACUUGAAACAAAGGGGAUUUGUAUUGUCUCAUACCAUGCUAAAAUAAUUGUCUCCUGGUGACCAUUAAGACCCAACAUUAGUAAACGGAAUAUCUAUUUUAAUUUUUUUAGCCUAUCAAAACGUUGAAAUAACAAUGAGAAGGCUAUAUGAACACAUCUUUAAUCUUUGCAGGCUUAUGAGUUUGGCUGACAUAUAUUAGAAGCAGAUAUCAGUUUUUCAGUUGUUACCAGCAGCCACUGUUUAAAAACAAAAUCUUGUUUCAGCAAAUAAGGUUUCUGCAGGCCACACUAAAAAUUCAUGACAGUUUGAAAUGAAACUGUGGGGCAGAGAUGAACAUCACUUGGAAGCUUGAGAAGUGGUUACAUUUGUUCCCUUAGCUCCCUUUAACCACUAAUGUGUAUGUACCAUAAAGCAAUCGCUCUGAGAGUUACCAGUUCACCUUUCUGGCUAUCAGAUGCUAAUAAAUAUUUCUUACAUAACAACAAAAAGGAAAGAUGUCACAG